UCGAUUUGCUUAGUUGUCGGGCGGGUCGAGAGACAGCAGCACUCCCAUCACGUGAGGGACAAUGGUAUCGGCUACGAACGAGUAGACAAUUAGAUAUAUAAUUACGAAUUUCGCGUUGAAAUUCAACGAAUUACGGAGUCAACCGGAAUUCGAAACAUCGCCGAAAACCAUCAGGAAGUAGCGGCUAAAGAUCAGUCACAGGAAUUCAGUUAAAGAUGACGGAAUACUGGUUAAUAUCAGCACCCGGAGACAAAACGUGUCAGCAGACAUGGGACACGAUGAACAAUCUGACGUCGAAACAGAAUUCCCUGUCGGCGAAUUACAAAUUCCACAUACCCGAUCUGAAGGUCGGUACGCUUGAUCAACUGGUAGGUUUGUCCGACGAUCUUGGCAAGUUGGAUGCUUUCGUGGAGCAAGUUACUCGCAAAGUUGCUGUUUACUUGGGCGAGGUUCUCGAAGAUCAGAGAGACAAAUUGCACGAGAAUCUUCAGGCCAAUAACAGUCAAACGUCAGUGGACGAAGAGACUUCGAGUCCCGAAGGGGGUCCGGACACCCCGCCAAACACCCCUGUCACUCCAUCACACAAGACUUCCAAGGAACAUCACAGGCUAUGGAGGGACUCGGAUAAAUCAGAACCAGAGCCAGCAGCCAGCUUAGGUCAGCAUCAUCAACGACAUCAUCACCUGCACCAGAACCAAAAUCAAAACCAAACAAGUCACAGUUACCAGAACCAAUAUCAUAGCUCUUUCCAUCAUGAUAAUCUCUAUCAUUUUCCUUAUCCCGAUAAGAAACCAUCGUCCAAUUGCCAAGGAACGAACGAAUAUCGAAUACCAAACGAAAGCUCUAAUUCUUCAUCGACAACGUACUCAUGCUAUCACACGCAUUGGUGCGCUGCUGCUUCAUCAACAACCCCAACAACUCCAACACCCCUACCAACCCCUACGAGCCCCUCUCCCUCCUUCUCCUUCUCGUCAGACUACAGCAGCGAUGGAGACCAACGUCCGAAUCAUCAUCAUCAUCCGUUUCAUCAGCGGGUCGUCGAUAAGUUGCAUCGCUCUUCUUCUUCGUCCGGUUGCAAAACCCCCGAUGAUCACGAUCACGACCACGACGACGGCGACCUUCAAGACCAAUUUCACGAACAAGACCAAGACCAAGACCAUAGCGGCAAUCUGCCCAAUCCAGGUGAUUUGCCGACGUACAUAACCCGCUUCCAGUGGGAUAUGGCAAAAUAUCCGAUAAAGCAGUCACUCAGAAAUAUCGCUGACAUAAUCAGCAAACAGGUCGGACAAAUCGAUGCUGAUUUGAAAACUAAAUCAACGACGUACAACAAUUUGAAAGGCAGUCUCCAGAAUCUUGAGAAAAAACAGACGGGAAGUUUGCUCACACGUAAUCUCGCCGAUUUGGUGAAAAAAGAGCACUUUAUUCUGGACAGCGAAUAUUUAUCGACGUUGCUUGUAAUUGUGCCCAAGGCAAACUUCCAAGAAUGGUACGCUAUUUAUGAGAAAUUAACGGACAUGAUUGUUCCUCGUAGUACACAAUUAAUAACUCAAGAUGCCGAAUACGGUCUUUUCACUGUGACCCUGUUCAAGAAGGUCGUCGAGGAAUUCAAGCUCCAUGCUCGAGAAAAGAAGUUUAUCGUGCGUGACUUUACGUACAACGAGGAGGAACUUGCUGCUGGUAAAAACGAAAUCACGAAGCUCGUUACCGACAAAAAGAAGCAAUUCGGGCCUCUCGUUCGUUGGCUCAAAGUCAAUUUUAGUGAAUGCUUUUGUGCCUGGAUCCAUGUUAAAGCUCUGCGCGUUUUCGUCGAGUCGGUGCUGAGGUACGGAUUGCCCGUAAAUUUCCAAGCUAUUUUGCUCCAGCCACACAAAAAGAGUACCAAACGAUUGCGUGACGUGCUCAAUCAAUUAUACGCGCACCUCGAUUCCUCUGCUACUUCCGGUGGGCAAUCAGCCAAUCAGGAUAGCGUGGACAUCCCGGGAUUGGGUUUUGGGCAGAACGAUUAUUUUCCAUACGUCUAUUACAAAAUAAAUAUAGACAUGGUCGACAAUAAGGUCUAGUCGAUGUGACUGAUUGGACCGAAACUUAGGCGCACAGCCAAACGAAGAUACUUUCUGUUGAUUUAAAAUCGCAGUUGUGCUGGAUGGAUCGAUCGAAGAAAAAAUAAACAUAUUUACGGCAAGCGAAUGAAGAAAAAGGUAUAAAAGAAUUUUUUUGUUCAUCGUGUGGAUAACAGCUGGCAAAAACAAGCAAAAACAAUGAUCCAAAGUACGAAGGAUAUGAAAAACAUGAAGAGAAGAACAAACACAUUUGCAAAUCACUUCCGUAAAAGGUGAUUGUUAAGCGAGUUUCCAUGCUGAUUUAAAUAUAUAUUUUUGUAGCGGAUUGUAUCGCGAAUCAAACAACGGCUAUUUUUCGGCGCACUCAAAUACACAGUUACAAAAAAAAAAGAAACAAAACAAAGAAAUAAAGGGAAAGAGAGAGGAAAUUCGUGGAUAAUAAAGAACGCCGGCAGCCAACAUUUGUAAAUACAUUGCGUCAAAUUCACCUGUGAACGGGCUAGUUAGAAUGAAUAUAAUUGAUUCAAUUUUUUUCUGCUGAAAUUACAGAAAGAUAGAUUUAUCAAUGUUAUCGGCGAUCGAUCGGCUUAAGAAAAUGUAUUCGAGGCCAUUUUGAGUUUGAUUUUUAUAAAACAACGAAAUUGCUAAUGUCUUUUCGGUGAUGUCCAAAAUUUUGCAAAUCUUGGUUCGAAAAAGUAGUCAAACUUUUUAUUCUGGUAUUGGAAAUUGUGGGAAUUUUUGUUGCAUUUUAAAGAUGCAAGCUUCAAGAGCCAGAUAAAGUAUUAUCGCUCCUCGAGAAUUUUAUACCCUGAAAUAACAAUUAAUUUAAUCCUGUCGUACUUUCGCGAUGAUUUUCAUAUAAAUCUAUGUGUUCGAAUGGUCAGCUUCUGAGCGUCAGUAAAAAUCGGCAAAAUUAAAUUUGCCAUUAUUCCAAUCGGUUAAAUUGUCUUUCCAAUAUAUUCGGCUGGCAUUUUCAGUGUUGUAUACUAUUAUACGAUGUAGAUCUAUAAGUAAUAAGAAAAUGACGUUUUAUUUAACCGAGUUUCUCGCCGAGAGAGCGAAAUCUCCUCUCUCUUUCGUUCGUGCAAUCUGAAAGGUCAUUACCGUUGAGGAUGAAAUGAAAAAAAUGAAAGAAGUAUUAUCUAAUGUUAACUAAAUGAACACUGCUAUAGAGUUAUGGGGCGUCCGAUGUGAGAGAUUUUAUUAUGUAGCUGAUUGUACAGAAGAACAGACAGGAUUUUUCAUAUAAUUCAUUAAAAACUGUAUGCCUUUUUCUAAUCAAGAAUUUUUAUCGACUUACGUUGGAAUGUUCGAUCGGAAUGUCAGUGGCGAGGACAAAAAAGUAUGAAAAAAAUUACGCAAAUUAGUACAUUUUUUGUCCAGGUUUUUAAGAAUCGUUGAAAAAUUCUGUUUGGAUAAGAUUUUCGUGAAAAACAUGAACGAAAAAUUUUUGAUCCUCCAAAAUCCGGUUCCAACAAUUCACGAUCGUACAACGUUAUUUUUAAUCCAUGCCUUUCAAACGAGAAACAAUAUUUGGCCCUUAAUGCGAAUAUUUGGGGUAUUGCGUAAAAUUGCUGGUUCAAUAUUUCUCGACAUAUCCUUUUUCAUGCCGUUUGUCCAUAGUUUCAUUUGCCAAUUUCGAAAUUUUCGCUCUCCUCCUCUCCCUCCUCACAUUCAUGCGGCAAGCACAGUCCCGUUGAUUCAUUGACUGAAUUAUUUCCGACUGUAUCAGGACACUUUACCGAUCAUGAAUAUCGAAAAUAUCGACGGUUAUUUCGAACAUGGCAUCUGUUUAUUAAUUUUGUGAAUAUAUACAUCCCGGCGAUUCAGGCGUUAAUCUCUGACUAAUCGUCACAGUAGAAUAUUGUAAAUUGUAGAUACGCGCGGAAGAGCUUAUUCGCUCUUUCAGUUAAAACGAUUAUAAGAUACCCUGUAUAAUUAUAAAUAAAAUACCACGUUCCGUUACUGUA